ACAGGGGAGGCUGGAGGGAUGGGGGGAAGACCAAGGGAUGGGCUGGAAGGACAUGGAGGGGCUCCCACUGAGCACAGCCAUAUUCCCGGGAUCUGGGAGACUGGAUGGUGGGGACUUGGGAACAAUUGGAGACAGCUGGCUGUGGGGCAGUCGGGGGGCGGGGGUGAGGGCGCUUGCGGCUCACUGCUGCUCCACUUCUCAGUGGCCUGGAGCUCCCCUCACCACCCUCUGCCCUCUGCCCCCCUUAUCCCCUCCACACCAGGUUACCACCCGACUUCACUCCUGCUAGAGGCUGAAGGCUUCCUGACGCACCCUCAGGAGGAAAAGGGUGUGCUUUGGGCUCACGAUGGAGGCCAGUUAUGUUGGGGAGCACAACCUGUGUUCACAGGACAAUUUAGUAACACGCACGGAGUCCUGGGCGGCAACCAGUGCCGGGGGAGAGCUUGGGGGUAGCUCCCCGUUUUCUUGGCAGAUCCCCAGACUGAGCUGCUGGUUCCGAGGCUCGGAUCGAUGGAGCCGCCUUCCCCGCCCCUCUGAGCUUCCUCUCCCUGCUGCUCAUUAGCGCCCCGAUUAAUCAGCGCCCCCUUUCCUCUAGGGGACAAGUGCUUCUUCUCCCAUGAGGGCUCUCUCACUUUCACACAAGCCCCCCCGCCCCCAGGGCACAGGCAGCUCACUGUGACCACCCCACCCUGGGGGUACCCCGGCAUCGUCCCUUCUGGGCCAGCCACCAUGGGCCCCAUCCUGCCUCUCCUCAGCAAGGCAUGGCCACCCCAGCGCUCCUCUGCCCCUCUGCCUGGCACCCCCUGCGCCUGCUUCUUUAGGAUUGCAUUCCCUCCGAUUCAAACCCAGCACAUCUGGGUUCCCUCCAAACCCCCCAUUUGGGCUUUUCCUGACCUCCAUGCCAUACCCUCUCCCCACAUCAUACGUCCUCUGCUCCCUGGCCUGGCCACCCAACACGUUCCCUGCCCCCACCACAGGCCUGGCUGUGGCAAGGGAUUUGGGAAAUAUUUGGGGAGGCAAAGUGGCCACAGAUGCUUAUGCUGGCCAGGGUGCCCUCUAUCCCAGACACAGGAGAGACUGAGUUUGGGGAUGGAGAUGAAGUGGGGGAGAGGGCAGCCAAAACUGGAGAGCGGGCAGGGGCAUGGUGGAUGUUAAGUCCGGAGCAAAGCUCUAAGGAAGUCAAGUAUCUUAAUGGAGCCAUCACUGACCCCUUGUCUGUCUUGCCUGCCAUUCUCUGCCCUCCCCUCCCCUCCCUCAUUCAAACAAGUGGCUUUCCCAAGGAGUUCUUUGGAAGGUGCUGUGAGUGGGGUAGCGAGGUCAGGAGGUGCUGGUGUUAGGAGUCAGGGAGGCCAGGAGGUGGGGGGAUGGAGUUGGCUGACCCUUCUCACGGUGUGGUCCAGAAAAGUGGCAGAAUAAGCUAAGGACUCUGGGUGUAAGCCUCUUCCCUGGUGGCCUGGGAGUGGGGCCAGGUGGGGACCCCAUGCGUGACGAGGGUGUAGCAAGAGUUUGGGGGCCUCCCGACGAGGUCCCAGGCAAGGACCGGAGAUCCCUGUCCUGGGCUGGGGGCUGCCCCCCUCCCCUGGCCUGGCUCCUGCCGCCCGUGCCGCCGGUGAAACGCUGUUGACAUGUCCUGAAUUAUUAAGCACGGGGUGGGCUCCGGAGCACAUGCUGAGCGGAGCGGCUGGGGCUGCACGGCGUGGCAGAGCAGCGCUCGCUCCCUCGCUCACUCGCUCGCUCGCAGGGACACACGCAGGGGCUGACAGCUGUGCUGGUGCUGAUAAGGGAAGCCACAAGGAGACGAUCGAGGAGAGAGACAAGCGGCAGCAGAGGCAGCAGAGGCAGAGGCAUCAUCAGGGCUGCGGAGCUGCUGGGAGUGGGAGUGACUCCCCCACCUCGGGCCCCCACCCUGUCCCCAUCCUCUUCCCCGCUUGCCCUGAGUUUAGAAGAGCCGCUGCUGCCACCGCUGCCACUCCGGAGGGCACCGGGGGCUGCUGGCCAGGGAGGGACAGGGGCAGGAAGGCUCCGGCUGGUCCCAGCAUCUGGGGACAGAUGCCGAUCGAGAUUGUGUGCAAAAUCAAAUUUGCAGAGGAGGAUGCGAAACCCAAGGAGAAAGAGGCAGGGGAUGAGCAGAGCCUCCUGGGGGCCGCUCAAGGGGCAGCAGCCCCCCGGGACCUGGCCACCUUCGCCAGCACCAGCACUCUGCAUGGGCUGGGCCGGGCCUGUGGCCCAGGCCCCCAUGGACUGCGGAGAACCCUCUGGGCACUGGCCCUCCUCACCUCUCUGGCUGCCUUCCUGUACCAGGCGGCCGGCCUGGCCCGGGGCUACCUGACCCGGCCUCACCUGGUGGUGAUGGACCCCGCUGCCCCAGCCCCGGCGGCCGGCUUCCCCGCCGUCACCCUCUGCAACAUCAACCGCUUCCGGCAUUCGGCCCUCAGCGACGCCGACAUCUUCCACCUGGCCAACCUGACCGGGCUGCCCCCCAAAGACCGGGACGGGCACCGUGCUGCCGGCCUGCGCUACCCGGAGCCCGACAUGGUAGACAUCCUCAACCGCACCGGCCACCAGCUCGCCGACAUGCUCAAGAGCUGCAACUUCAGCGGGCACCACUGCUCUGCCAGCAACUUCUCCGUGGUCUAUACUCGCUAUGGAAAGUGUUAUACCUUCAACGCGGAUCCGCAGAGCUCACUGCCCAGCCGGGCAGGGGGCAUGGGCAGUGGCCUGGAGAUCAUGUUGGACAUUCAGCAGGAGGAGUACCUGCCCAUCUGGAGAGAGACAAAUGAGACAUCGUUUGAAGCGGGCAUCCGAGUGCAGAUCCACAGCCAGGAGGAGCCACCCUACAUCCACCAGCUGGGCUUUGGCGUGUCUCCAGGCUUCCAGACUUUCGUGUCCUGCCAGGAACAGCGGCUGACUUACCUGCCCCAGCCCUGGGGCAACUGCCGAGCGGAGAGUGGGCUCAGGGAGCCUGAGCUUCAGGGCUACUCAGCCUACAGCGUGUCUGCCUGCCGGCUGCGCUGUGAAAAGGAGGCCGUGCUUCAGCGCUGCCACUGCCGGAUGGUGCACAUGCCAGGCAAUGAGACCAUCUGCCCGCCAAAUAUCUACAUCGAGUGUGCCGACCACACACUGGACUCCCUGGGUGGGGGCUCCGGAGGCCCGUGUUUCUGUCCUACCCCCUGCAACCUGACCCGCUACGGGAAAGAGAUCUCCAUGGUCAGGAUCCCCAACAGGGGCUCGGCCCGGUACCUGGCAAGAAAAUACAAUCGUAAUGAGACCUACAUACGAGAGAACUUCCUGGUUCUUGAUGUCUUUUUUGAAGCCCUGACCUCUGAGGCCAUGGAGCAGCGAGCAGCCUACGGCCUGUCAGCCCUGCUGGGUGAGCCUGGCCCCGAUUGCACAGGGAUGGAGCAGCCCAGCCUCCUCCCUCUGACCCUGCUCUCGCGCUUCCCAGGAGACCUCGGGGGACAGAUGGGACUGUUCAUCGGGGCCAGCAUCCUCACGUUGCUGGAGAUCCUCGACUACAUCUAUGAGGUGUCCUGGGACCGACUGAAGCGGGCGUGGCGUCGCCCCAAGACCCCCCUCCGGACCUCUACUGGGGGCAUCUCCACUUUGGGGCUUCAGGAGCUGAAGGAGCAGAGUCCCUGCCCAAGCCGGGGCCGUGCUGAAGGCGGGGGUGCCAGCAGCCUGCUCCCCAACCACCACCACCCCCAUGGCCCCCCAGGAAGCCUCUUUGAAGACUUCGCUUGCUAGGAUGGUGCUGUGUCCCAAAGGACCCAGGAGUCUGGGACUCCUCCCUGGAUCCCCACUGUAGACUCUGGCUCCCGGGACAGGAGGCCAGGGGAGCGGGGUACCCAAGGCUGAGGGAGCAAGGGCGGUGCCCACUGGAAGGGUGGGGACUCUCACUCACCCUGGCGCCAGCUGCUUUGCACAAGGCUUCCUCUUGUGCACACCCUCCUCCCCCAGGCUGGUGACCAGGGAGAACUUGAGACUAGGACGUGGGCCCCUGUGGAGGAGAGAAGGGCUGCAAGAGGAAAGAGGGAGGAGGAGAAAGGGGCC